AUGGCGAGAUCGACUGCCAAUAUCAUGGCCAAAGGGUCAUUUCUUCUCUUUCUCUUGACCAUGAUAGCCAUCAAACCAACACAUGCAUUUGAUGGGUUUGGAAUUCUCCCAAGAAGCGAAUUAUGUCCUUCUUCCUAUGAUUCAUGUGGAGGAAACGUCCCCUCAGACUUCUGCUGUCCGUCAUCCUCAACCUGCCUCGUUCUUGAUAACGACACUACAGCCCUCUGCUGCCCAUCUGGCAGCAGUUGUGAGUACAUCUCACCUAUAACCUGCGAUAUCCAAGAGCAGAACGCCACUGCUUAUCCUAAAGCCUCGGUAAAAACAACGCUCCUUAGCGACAGUCUCCCAAAAUGUGGCGACGAAUGCUGCCCAUUUGGAUACACCUGUCAAAACGACAACCUCUGUGCGAUGACAAACUCCACAACCACAAGCACCACCACAAGUACAAGUACAAGCACCGCAACAUCAACAACAUCAAGUUCAAUAACCUCAACCACCGAUCUCUCCACCUAUGGUGCAACUUUCACACCAGUCUCCUCAUCCGUCUCUGCCACCUCCAUAAACGCAGACUCAACUUCCUCCUCCAACUCAACGAUAACCAGCUGCCCCUCUUUCCCCAGCAAAGCAGUAGUAGCAGGCUUUUUCCCAGGCGCGCUCUGCGGCGCAAUAAUCGCCCUCCUGAUCUCAAACUGCAUCCGCCACCGCGCCGAGAAGAAACACCUAGCAGAAAUAAACCAAGACUCCAAAACUUCAGCGCACAACUGGUCUAGCCGAUCCUCCUCCGGUGCCGUCCUGGGCAUCUCAAGCCCCAUAGCCUCAGAAGAUGCAUCCUUCCGUACAGACUUCCUACUCCGGAACCCAGAAGACAGGCGCUCUUCAAUGAGUUCACGGUCCAUGCGUUCUAUGAUGAACCGCUCGAGUUCUCGGGUACGCAGUCUGUUUUCGGCUGCUGCACCUGGUCAAGAUAAGGAUGUUCCUCCGCUUCCUACGACGUCGGAGCUUCCUGUGCAGCCGAACCCUGUGACGCCGCCUAGGCAGCGUGAGCCUAGUACUGAAAGUAUAAAAGUGUAUUCGCCACCUGCCGUGUUCAUGCAGUCGAGGCGGUUUCUAGGGCCUGAGCCAUAUCCUAGUCGAAUUGCGAGGCCGUCGACUACGUUUACGGAUUUGGUGCAGGCUGUUGGGUUCAAUAAUGAGCCGAAAGAAAAUCAGUCAUUUAAAGUGCAUGAGGUGAGGAGGCUUACAUGA